AUGGGCUCCCUGGAGGCGCGGUACCGGCCGGCCGGAGCAGCUGAUGACACAGCUAAAAGAAGGACCCAGAAAAGUAAAAGUUUCAAAGAGGUUGAAAAGUUUGAUGUAUUUGUUCUAGAGAAAAGCUCCGGCUGCAAGUUCCGAUCCUUGCAACUUUUGCUCUUCGCUAUCAUGUCUGCUGCAUUUCUGACACUUCUAUACACUCCGUCUGUGUACGAGCAUCAGUUGCAGUCCAAUUCUCGGUUUGUUAAUGUUGGAUGGAUAUGGGAUAAGACUAUCCCUGAUCCGCGAUAUGUAUCUACUAUGCCCGUUCAGUGGGAUGAUGUGUAUAAAACUAUCGAAAGUCUGAAUGGUGGUGAGCAGAAGCUCAAGGUCGGACUCUUGAAUUUUAACAGCACUGAGUUCGGGUCUUGGACACAAUUGCUCCCAGAAAGUGAGUUUUCGAUCAUAAGGUUGGAGCAUGCUAAUGAAAGCAUCACCUGGCAGACACUGUACCCUGAAUGGAUUGAUGAGGAGGAAGAAACAGAGAUACCAUCUUGUCCAUCGCUUCCAGAGCCUAAUUUCCCAAGAGGGACACACUUUGAUGUUAUUGCUGUGAAGCUUCCCUGUACCCGAGUUGGCGGGUGGUCCAGAGAUGUUGCGCGGUUGCAUCUGCAGUUGUCAGCAGCAAAAUUGGCCGUGACUGCCGCAAGAGGCAACCGGGGGGUACAUGUGAUGUUUGUGACGGAGUGCUUCCCUCUUCCGAAUCUCUUCUCUUGCAAGAAUCUUAAGAAACAUGAAGGCAAUGCUUGGCUAUACAAGCCUGACUCGAAGGCAUUAAAGGAGAAGCUUAGACUUCCGAUUGGAUCUUGUGAGCUUGCUGUUCCACUCAAAGCAAAAUCAAGACUUUACUCGGUAGACCGACGCAGAGAAGCAUAUGCUACCAUACUGCAUUCAGCAAGCGAGUAUGUCUGUGGCGCAAUUGCAGCAGCUCAAAGCAUUCGUCAAGCAGGAUCAACAAGGGACUUUGUUAUUCUUGUUGAUGACACCAUAAGUGACCAUCACCGGAAGGGCCUUGAAUCUGCGGGUUGGAAGGUGAGAAUAAUCGAGAGGAUACGGAACCCAAAGGCUGAGCGUGAUGCUUACAAUGAGUGGAACUACAGCAAAUUCCGGUUGUGGCAGCUGACGGAUUAUGACAAGAUCAUAUUCAUAGAUGCUGAUCUGCUCAUCCUGAGGAACAUUGAUUUCCUGUUUACAAUGCCGGAAAUCAGUGCAACUGGCAACAAUGCAACACUCUUCAACUCUGGUGUCAUGGUUAUCGAGCCUUCAAACUGCACAUUCCAGCUGUUAAUGAAUCACAUCAACGAGAUCACAUCUUACAAUGGUGGCGAUCAGGGAUACUUGAACGAGAUAUUCACAUGGUGGCAUCGGAUUCCAAAGCACAUGAACUUCCUGAAGCAUUUCUGGGAGGGCGACGAAGAGGAGGUGAAGGCGAAGAAGACCCAGCUGUUCGGCGCCAACCCGCCGAUCCUCUACGUCCUCCACUACCUGGGCCGCAAGCCAUGGCUAUGCUUCCGGGACUACGACUGCAACUGGAACGUUCCGAUACUGCGGGAGUUUGCCAGCGACAUCGCGCACACGCGGUGGUGGAAGGUGCAUGACAAGAUGCCCAAGAAGCUGCAGAGCUACUGCCUCCUGAGGUCGAGGCUGAAGGCGGGGCUGGAGUGGGAGCGGAGGCAGGCGGAGAAGGCCAACUUCACGGACGGGCACUGGAAGCGGAACAUCACCGACAAGAGGCUCAAGAUUUGCUUCGAGAAGUUCUGCUUCUGGGAGAGCAUGCUGUGGCACUGGGGCGAGGCCCCCAACAACGCGACGAAGAAGGCCUCGACGCCGGCGCUGUCCGCCGCGACCCUGUCGAGCUCGUGA